AUGGCAGAGCCUAACGCUGGCGGCAGUUCAUCGGACAGCCGCCGGAAAGCCACCAGAAAGCGGACCGGAAGACCAUUCAAAUCAGCACCACCAGACCAAACUCCCGCAACCACUCCUUGUGGAGCCUGCAAGUUCUUGAGAAGAAAGUGCAUCCCAGGAUGCAUCUUUGCACCCCACUUCACCACCGACCACGGUGCCGCCUUGUUUGCCGCCGUGCACAAGGUGUUUGGAGCCAGCAACGUGUCAAAGCUCCUGAUGCACCUCCCGGUGCACCGGCGACCUCACGCGAUUGCAACCAUCUCAUAUGAAGCUCAAGCCAGGUUGUUUGACCCUGUUUAUGGUUGUAUUUCAACGGUUAUUGGUUUGCAAUUACAAGUAGCCGCUUUGCAAACCGAGCUAGCCAUGGUUCAGAACCAGCUCAUAAACAAUAGAGUUUCGGUUGCAACCGCGAUCCAAGGCUCACUUCAACAACCAACCCCGGUGCACCACCUUGUGGGGUAUACAAAUGGUCCAUCUGCUUCGAAUAAUAAUGUUCUUAACAUGAACAACUUUGAUCCUUUUGUGUUUGCCGAUGAAAUGCUUUAG